AUGGCGUCGCUCCUCCGUCAGAUUGUCGCCGGUCCACGCGCCAGGCAUGCUGAAGCUGGUCUUGACCUGUGCUAUGUCACCGACAACAUCAUCGCAACCUCUGGACCCAGUGGAACCUACCCUCAGCGCGCAUACCGAAAUCCCCUCGAUUCCCUCGUCAAGUUCCUUGAUUCGAAGCAUGGCGAAGACUGGGCAAUAUGGGAGUUCCGCGCCGAAGGGACUGGCUAUCCAGACUCGGAAGUCUACAAUCGCGUGUACCACUACCCAUUCCCCGACCACCACCCGCCCCCGUUCGCACUCAUCCCGAACAUCAUGGCCAGCAUGCGCAACUGGCUUCACGAGAAGAAGGGAAGGGUCGUUGUGGUACACUGCAAGGCUGGAAAGGGGCGAUCGGGUACGGCAAGCUGCAGCUACCUGAUCAGCGAGGAAGGCUGGUCGAUUCAAAACGCCCUUCAGCGCUUCACCGAGCGUCGCAUGCGACCCAACAUGGGCAAGGGAGUCAGCAUACCCAGUCAGUUGCGCUGGAUAGAAUAUGUCGAUCGAUGGGCCAGACACGGCAAGCUCUAUGUCGAGCGGCAGGUGGAAGUACUAGAGGUUCACUGCUGGGGUCUGAGGGAUGGGGUGAAGAUCCAAGUCGAGGGCUUCGUCGAGGAUGGCAAGCUCAUCAAAAACUUUCACACUUUCACAAGAGACGAGAGAGAGAUUGUUCGCGGCGAAGUCAAGACGACAGGGAUGGCGCAAGCUGUACAAGAAGUCAUGUACAAGAAUGGCUUUGGCACUUCGCAGAAGACAACCUCAACCACGGAUUCGAAGAACGGGUCCACCUCGACACUGGAGACUCAAGGCAAUGUCCAAGGUGCGACAAUCAGCAAAAGAGCAUCCCAAGAGAGCCUGCCCAGUGGUACCGGCGACGUCGUCUUUCGACCCUCGAAGCGAGUGGUCUUACCUACCAAUGACAUCAACAUUGACGUCGAGCGCCGCAACAAGGCAGCUUUUGACCUUACCAUGGUCACAGCCGUCGCACACGUGUGGUUCAAUACCUUUUUCGAGGGCAAUGGACCCGAACACAAUGGAGACGCGGACCAAUCAGGCAUGUUUGAAAUAGAGUGGGAAGCUAUGGACGGCAUCAAAGGCUCAUCUCGCAAGGGCACCCAAGCCUUUGAGCGGAUUGCCAUUGUCUGGCGUGCGCUCACCGCCGAGGAAGGACAACCAGGCGUUGUCAUUACUGAACCUAAGGAAGGCGAACCUGUUCAACAAGCAACACCUGCUGACUGGAGGGGCACAAAAGGUGUUGAGCCAUCAGAGGGCAAAGACUUGGGUGUCCGAUCAGCGAGUCCGCCCAACGAUCCGCCACAUGUCAGUCGAGCGAACAGCAUUCGAAGCGAGAAUAAGAAAAACGCCACUACAGUGAGGGCUCCUGGGAGGAGAGAUAGCGGUGACAGCGACACGAGACACGUCAGAUCACAUGGGCCCAAUGGCGAAGAAGUCUUGACGAGCAGCCCCAGGGCAAGUGUUGAAGCGAGCGGAUCAACUCCAAUUACGCCAAGCAAUCUGGAUGGCACCCGUGGCAUCCAUAUCGCUUCAAAACCUCCCACACAGGAUACAGAGUCGCACAAAAGCGACGGUCAUGCUACCGGUAUUGUGCAGGGGUUAAAGUAUCACGUAUCCGGUGCUGCUUCUACCGGCGAAUUACCCGACGGGCGCCCCGAGAGCGAAAUGAAAAACGCAAAAGAGCAUGGACUGGGACAUGUACACAUGGGAAAGAAGAAGUCGAGCUCUUGA